AUGACUUUGGAGUCCCAGGAAGUAAGGCACACUGACGCUCACAGCAGUGCAAGGCACACUGACGCUCACAGCAGUGCAAGGCAUACUGACGCUCACAGCAGUGCAAGGCACACUGACGCUCACAGCAGUGCAAGGCACACUGAAGCUCACAGCAGUGAAAGGCACACUGACGCUCAUAGCAGUGCAAGGCACACGGAAGCUCACAGCAGUGAAAGGCACAUGGAUGCUCACAGCAAUGCAAGUCACACUGACGCUCACAGCAGUGCAAGGCACACUGAAGCUCACAGCAGUGCAAGGCACACUGACGCUCACCGCAGUGAAAGGCACACUGACGCUCACAGCAGUGCAAGGCACACGGAUGCUCACAGCAGUGCAAGGCACACGGAUGCUCACAGCAGUGCAAGGCACACUGAAGCUCACAGCAGUGAAAGGCACACGGAAGCUCACAGCAGCGCAAGGCACACGGAUGCUCACAGCAGUGUAAGGCACACUGACACUCACAGCAGUGCAAGGCACACUGAAGCUCACAGCAGUGCAAGGCACACGGAAGCUCACAGCAGUGCAAGGCACACUGAAGCUCACAGCAGUGCAAGGCACACGGAAGCUCACAGCAGUGAAAGGCACACGGAUGCUCACAGCAGUGCAAGGCACACUGACACUCACAGCAGUGCAAGGCACACUGAAGCUCACAGCAGUGAAAGGCACACGGAAGCUCACAGCAGUGCAAGGCACACGGAUGCUCACAGCAGUGCAAGGCACACUGACGCUCACAGCAGUGCAAGGCACACUGACGCUCACAGCAGUGCAAGGCACACUGAAGCUCACAGCAGUUCAAGGCACACUGAAGCUCACAGCAGUGAAAGAGGAUGGAAAGGCCACGAAUCAGAGACCCACUCAAUCCCACUCAAGAGUCCUACAAAAACACUAAAUGCAAAGCUAUAA